CCCUUCUCAUUCCGUUGGGCCUCCCCUGAUAUCUGGCUCGCAUGUGUAGCUCGGUCUUUCUCUUAGCGGCUCCAACAUGGGGUUUGAAAAGUCAAUUGUCAUCGACGCUUCAGGCCAUUUGUUAGGCCGGUUAGCAUCCACGAUCGCAAAGAGCCUUCUAACAGGGCAAAGAAUAGUUGUUGUACGAUGUGAACAAGUCAACAUCAGUGGCAGCUUCUACAGGAACAAGUUGAAGUAUCUUGAUUUCCUUCGUAAGCGAACUAACACCAAACCUAGCAGGGGACCUUUUCAUUUCCGUGCUCCAAGCAGAAUUGUCUGGAGAACAGUGAGAGGAAUGAUCCCACACAAGAGUAAGAGAGGAACAGAGGCAAUGAAUCGUCUUAAAGUAUAUGAUGGUGUGCCUACUCCAUAUGACAAGGAAAAGCGAAUGGUGGUUCCUUCAGCUCUGAGAGUUGUCCGUCUCAAGCCAGGAAGGAAGUACUGUGUGCUUGGUAGACUGUCCCAUGAGGUUGGCUGGAAGUACAAGGAUGUCCUGGAAACCCUUGAAGAAAAACGUAAAGCUAAAGCUGCUGUUUACUAUGAACACAAGAAGAAAGUUGAGAAACUGAAACAGAAGGCCUUGCAGAACAAGGCUGAGGAGCUGAAAUCUUUAAAUGAAGUGCUGGAAAACUAUGGUCACUAAUGUGACCAUCUUGAGACAGCAGAAAUAAAAAUUCAACGUUCUUACAGUG